AUGGCAAAUGUUGGACCUCCAGUUGGUGAGGUGAGACACAUCGCCAAACUUAACUUGUUGAACUGGGGUUCAUGGAGAUAUGGCAUAUCAAUAUUGCUUGAAAGAAGCAAGCUGUUUCGUGUGACACUGAGACAGGAACUUAAACCAGCUGAGAUUCUGAACGAUGCUGGUGUGGUGACGAAUCAGGCCCUUAUUGAUGUUUGGGAUCAGAAAGAUGUUGAUGCCAGGAUGAUCAUCUACUGCAACAUCGAGCCUCAACUACAGGUGCUAGUUGAAGGAGUCGUACAGCUGCUGAUAUGUGGGAUCGGCUUAUACUCCAAUUUGCUCAAGCAGCUGCUGCGAAUGCAAACCUGCUGUUGA